GGAAGGUGGAGGAGGUCUUUGGCCAGGAGGCCACGAAGCACAUGAUUGUCCUGUUCACCCGCAAGGAAGACUUGGACCCAAUGAACGGCCUAAAAGAUUAUGUAGAGAAAUGGGGUAACCCAGCCUUGCAGGAUUUGGUCAAGCGAUGCCAGGGUCGAUGCUGUGCCUUCAACAACAAAUUGACAGGGGAGGAAAGGGCCCACCAAGCUACAGAGCUGCUCUCUCUGGUUGAGAAGAUGGUGUGGCAGAAUCAGGACAGGCCGUAUCUCAUGGCGCUUCCUGGGGAGGAGAUGGAAGUGCAGAUGGUGCAAGAGGAAAAUGAAUCGGGGGCGUCUGCAAGGAAACGUGACAAAAAGGAGCCUCCCAAAGCAG